AACUGAGUCCAAAACUAAAACCCUCUCUCCCUCGCGGUGCAUUUCAAAGAAAGAAACAUUUCCUCCAAGGAGUAGUACUGCUACCAUCGGCAAGCGCCGCCAAGAGAGAGAUGCAGAUCUUCGUGAAAACCCUAACUGGGAAGACAAUCACCCUCGAGGUCGAAUCGAGUGAUACUAUUGACAAUGUCAAGGCUAAGAUUCAAGACAAAGAAGGUAUUCCACCGGACCAGCAGCGACUGAUUUUCGCCGGAAAACAGCUUGAAGAUGGCCGUACCCUCGCCGACUACAACAUUCAGAAAGAGUCGACUCUGCAUCUGGUUCUGAGGCUUCGAGGAGGCAUUAUUGAGCCUUCAUUGAUGGCCUUGGCUCGAAAGUACAACCAGGAUAAGAUGAUUUGCCGCAAGUGCUAUGCUCGCCUGCAUCCACGUGCUGUUAACUGCAGGAAGAAAAAGUGUGGUCACAGCAACCAGGUGCUUUUCUUUUUUACUUCAUUUUUCUUCAUCGAUCACUCCUUUCUUGUUGAACUUGCCUGCUUAGUCAGUACUAUUGGUUUUUAAAUGCAGUUGAGGCCGAAGAAGAAGAUCAAGUAGAAUUAAAUUGAAGUUUGUGUCAUUUUGCUUAAGUUUGAUGUCCUGUGACAGUCAGGGUGCUUGUAUGGAUUUGAUGGUUUUGGAAAUCAUGUCAGCUUGUUGUGGCUACGGACCGUCCCAAAUUUUGGCUUGUUUUAAUUUGGAGAACCGAAAGAAUUACUCA